GGCGCCGCCCGCGCCCUGCUGGAGCUCACCACCAACACGGCCGCCCGCGCCACCCCCGGCCCCGCCGGCACGGGCAUCGGCGUGGACGUGGACAUGGACAGCGACUCCAGCGACCCGGACGGAUCCGCCCUGGAGGGAUCUUCGCAGUUGUCAGCCUAUGAAAGAAAAAGACUCAAGAACAUUAAAGAAAAUGCUAACUUUUUUGCUUCUCUGAAGCUGCAUGAGUCAGCUGCAAGACUUCGCAAAAUAGCAUCUAAAGUACAGUCCCAUGGGAUCAAAAGAGUUAAGCCCAAAAAGGCAGGAGAUGAGACAGUGCGUCGAAGGUCCAUGCGCUUACAGAGGGUAGACCCAUCGGGAAUUCCACUGCCAGAACUUCCUGCGCAGCCAGAAACAGUCGUCGAUGAACACCCUCUGUUGCCACCUGGACCUCUUCAGAUGGUACCUGCAGACGUGAAUACAAGCAAGGUGUCGACUAAGGAGUUUCUGGAUGGCUGGGCAAAGAUAAGUGAGAUAAAACCUGAGGAUACAGAAAAGCAUGUGUAUGACAUAAAAAGAUAUGAAGACAGUCUGAGUUGUAUGAUCCUCAGUGAAGAUGCUGUUACAAAAGUUGUCAAAAACCGAAUCUGUUCUAUGGCUAUCCAUCCUUCAGAAAGCAGGACGUUGGUGGCAGCCGGAGACAGGAGUGGGCAGAUUGGUCUCUGGGAUUUGAGCUAUAAACCUGAGGAUGGAGUAUAUGUCUUCAUACCGCAUAGUUACCCAGUAAGCUGCAUGUAUUUUUCUCCAUUUAAUCCUGCUCAUCUGCUGUCCCUGAGCUAUGAAACGUUACGCUGUGGGGAUGUCACCAACGCUGUCUUUGAUGAGGUGUACAGAAGCGAAGAUGCCCAAAUGUCCUCCUUCGACUUCUUGCAAGAUAGUGCCUCCACCUUAGUGGUAGGGCACUGGGAUGGUGAUGUGGCUGUUGUGGACAGACGAACACCAGGAACCUCUGCCGAGCUUUCUGCAAGCCUGAAUUCCAAGGCCACGAGGACGGUCCACGUUCAUCCAGUGAACAGACAGUAUUUUGUUGCUGCUGGCUCAGUGAACGUUUGCAUUUAUGACAUACGAUCCCUGAAGCAUGCUGGAGACAAACCUGUAUGCUGUCUCAAUGGGCACACAAAGAGUGUUGCUUCUGCAUAUUUUUCUCCUGUUACUGGGAACAGAGUGGUGACGACAUGUGCUGAUGAUAAGUUGAGGGUCUAUGAUACCAGCUGUUUAUCAUCUACAGUGCUGCCUGUUGCAACUGUUAGACAUAACAAUAACACAGGACGCUGGCUAACUAGGUUCAGAGCAAUCUGGGACCCUAAGCAGGAAGACUGCUUUGUGGUUGGCAGCAUGGCACGCCCAAGACAAAUAGAAGUCUACCAGGCCACUGGGAAAUUACUGCACUCUUUCUAUAAUAUAGAUUACCUGGGUUCUGUAUGCUCCAUCAAUGUGCUGCACCCCACUCAGAAUAUUCUAGUGGGCGGUAACUCCAGUGGCCGUCUCCAUGUUUUCAAGGAUUGAAAAAUGUUGCUGACUUUUUUUUUUUAAAUGUGUUGCAGGUUCAGUAAGUAUGAAACUAUUCUUAAGCUAAUUGUAUUUGCUUGGGGCAAAAAGUGCAUUUAAAAAUUCUAAAAAUAAAGUGUAUGUAGUUGGAAGCAUUCAAUAUUUUCAUUAAAUCUGUAGCAGCUCCAUCCUAACAACAAAAUACUGGAAAAAAGCUGCAUAUAUAUGUGUAUAUGCC